AUGUGGCACACACCGAUCUUUAGUGAACAGCUACUUGUGUGCGUUCGUUUGGAGGUAAAGGUACCGAAAAACGGACCUUUUCAUGCAAAUUGUGAAUCAGAAACCACUACUCACAAGGUUGAUGAAAACUCUUCGACAGCCCACGACCGGUUACGCCCUUCCACUUUGGGCUCAUCAGCCUCACUUCACUGGUCUUGUUUUGUUAAGCCGUGUUUGGUAAGCUCCGCCAACGCACCUGCUUUCCGAACGUGUCGCACAAAUGGUGACCUUGGGGGCAACCGAAUGUGCUGCACCAGGCCGCCUGAUGUUUCAGUCGCUACGAUAUUUGAAAUAUCGCGAUACAUGUGUAUCUUUGUAAUGUACUACUCAUAA